UUCAUUUUCUCCGUGUAAGUUGUGAAAAGUUUUUGUGCCAACUUGUGGUGAGCAUCGUUUUUUUUUUUCUCAAGUUUUGUAUUUAAAAUUCAAUUGAUUUGAGCGCAUAAAACUUUGUGUGAAUUUUAAACACAGUGAUUAUCUGGAUCACUGAAAAACAGUGUGUGAGUCGUACCAAAAUUCGAUCAUUGGAACACCAGAAUGGAGGACUUCUGCCGUAUAUGCUCACGGUCGGGUGAAUUCCAAAAGUUUGAUCUCUCGAUAGUUUCCCAGAUCAGUAAUGUCCGCAUAGACGAUAUGAUUGUUUACUGCACCCAGCAGGAGGUUUCCAUCGGAGACAGCCUUCCGCAACAGAUAUGUGCAGCGUGUUUCACGUCCCUCACUUCGGCGUUCCUAUUCCGGAAGUUGACGUACCAAUCGGAAAACGAGUUUCGUCAAAUGAUCAUCAGUACCUUGACUGACCAACAUGACCAGAGUGAUCUUCAACAUCAGGAGCCCAUUGAGUGCUUAUUGAGCGGUAUCGAUCCACAGGUUAUAAUUCCGGACGAAUCCAUUCUUCCAGACGUUGCAAUCAAAGAAGAAGCACUGGAACUGGAAGAACCGCUGGUCGACAACAUUUUGCCAUCCCUGUUGGGAGAAUCAUUAUUGCCAAUCGAGGAUCCUCCGGAGGGUAUCGUCAUACCCCAAAGGAAACCCAAAGGUCGGGGUCCAACAACGUAUGCCUGCAAAGAUUGUGGAUAUAUCACGCAGAACUGUUUCAACUUUAAACGACACCAGCAGAACCAGAGACACUUUUCGUUCUGUAAGCUAUCAACGAAUCGUCCUUUGAACGUAGUCAAACAAAUCCUGCAACAGUACAUUUCACCAGCAGUCAAAUAUGAUCCCCCAAAACAGCGAAAGAGAAGAAUGAAAAAACCCGCUAAACCUGAACGAGUGCCACGUGUGCCUCGUAAGCCUCGUAUGCCUGGUGCGCGAAGAUCAAAUACUCUAUUUCGAUGCGACGAUUGCGGUUAUCAGAACAAUCUCAGAUUCAACUUCCAGCGUCAUCAGAAAAAUUGGAACCAUACGAGGACCAGCACUUUCCAAAACGCACCGAUGAACAGUACCACGGAGAAAAGUAUGCUGGAAUGUCGGGACUGCGGUAUCGAGUUUUCCAGCAAUGUCAAGCUGAAAGCGCACCGUCGAGAAUCGUGCCCGAAAAAAAUCGAACCGCCGAACCCGUACGCAAACAUUGAUGAGGUACUUGCCCUGUGUAGGAAUAUGGCAGGAGGCACUGUUAGAAAGCGACGGAAGCGAAAAGUUGAGACCACGGAAGUGAAGGCCGAACCUCUCGAUAAUGAACCAAUCAGCGAGCUGAAACUGGAAAUAAGCGAGCCCGCCGCGACAGAAACCGAAAAUGCUUAAUUCUUAAGUUGUCAGGUAUGUACGUUCGGCACAAUAAUAGGUAAUGUGAAUGUAAAAAAAAACUGUUGGA